AUGGCGACAGGCGCGGAGCAGCUCGCGAAGAACGGCACGCCCGCGGAGGAGUGCAAGCUCGAGGCCUGGUACAUGGACUCUUCGGAUGAGGACCAGCGCCAGCCGCACAGGCUGACUCCGAACAAGCCCUGCCCGCCGGAGACGCUGCGGGACCUGGGCGUGCUGUUCUGGAGGCUCGACGCCGACGACUACGAGAACGACCAACUCUACCAGACCAUCCGCAAGGUGCGCGGAUACGACUACGAGGACCUCGUCAACAUCCACCCAGACACGCUGCCAGACUACGAGAAGAAGAUUCGGGCGUUCUACGAGGAGCACAUCCACGAGGACGAGGAGAUUCGCUUCGUGGUGGACGGGUCGGGCUACUUUGACGUGCGCGACAAGGACGACGCGUGGAUCCGGAUCGACUGCCGGAAGGGCGACAUGAUCGUGCUGCCGGCGGGGAUCUACCACCGCUUCACGCUCGACGCGAGCAACUACGUCAAGGCGCUGCGGCUGUUCGUGGGCGUCCCCGUCUGGACGCCGAUCAACCGCCCCUGCGACGAACACCCCGCGCGCGUGCAGUACGUCGCGCAGCAGGGCAUCACCGCGUGA